GCCGGAGCUCUCAUUCUGGCGGACAACGGCCUCUGCUGUAUCGACGAGUUUGACAAGAUGGGCCAGGACCAGCAUUCGCUGUUGGAGGCGAUGGAGCAGCAGACGGUGUCCAUUGCGAAGGCCGGGAUCGUUUGCACUCUGCCCGCCCGGACCACAGUCGUCACUGCGGCGAAUCCCAGCAAAGGGUCCUGGGACAUGAGUCUGACGCUGGCUCAGAACCUGAAAGGGGUGAUGUCCGAAGCACUGUUGAGCCGUUUUGACGUGAUCUUUCUCAUGCGCACGGCAGAGGAUCCCGGUCAAGACACCGCCAUGUCCCGGCACAUCGUGCUGCAGCGGAUGCACGGAGCCAGUGCCACUCCCUCUCCAGGCCAAGUGGAGGACUGGUCCAACAGCGCGGAUGUGGAGGCAAACCGAUGCAGCCUCAAG